AUGAGCACGACUACCAAGGUGGACUCCUCCAAGACCAAGAGCAAGGCCUCGGCUAGUGCCGGGGCUACCAACCUUACCGGGCCAUACGACCCGUUCGCGAGCGGCGACCCGUUCGCCGAGGAGACGACUGUCAAGACCGUCGUCCCUGUUAAGACUGAGAAGAUCCACAUUCGUCUCCAGCAGCGCAAUGGCCGCAAGACUAUCACCACCGUCCAGGGUAUCCCGGACAAGUACAACUUCUCGAAGCUUCUCAAGGCCAUGAAGAAGGAGUUUGCCUGCAAUGGCCACGUUGUCCACAGCGCCGACUCGGACGACGAGGACAGCCCGGUCCCCCCCAAGAAGGACGGCCACGGCAACGUUCUCCAGUUCCAGGGUGACCAGCGUACCAACGUCAAGAGCUUCAUCAUUAGCCAGGGCCUGCUUUCGGAGAAGGAGGCCAAGGACCAGAUUGUCAUCCACGGCUACUAA